AAUUCUUGUAAAGGUUUUGAAAUUAAAUUAUAUAAGAUACUAACAAGCACAUUAAAUAUUUCUAUGGAUAUAUUUGCCAGCAUUGAGAACCUCAAAUAUGUUAUUUUGUUUGAUAUAGGAAAAUUUUUUAGACUGGGACAUUUUUAACCUAUCCAAAGAAAAUUAUCAACCGAAACGUGCCGAAAUUCAUGCAAUCAUGACGAAAGAUCUAAAGUAUAUGUCUGGGUUUGGCAAUGAGUUUGCCUCAUCAGAUCCUAGGUGUCCAGGAGCUUUACCUGAAGGACAGAACAACCCACAGAAGUGUCCCUAUGGAUUAUACGCGGAGCAGUUGUCUGGUACAGCCUUUACAGCUCCUCGGAAAGCCAAUGAAAGAAGCUGGUUAUACAGGAUCAGGCCAUCAGCAGUACACAAACCAUUUGAGAAGGCAGACCGAGGACAGAUGACUGAUGACUGGCACACUGCCCAUCCAAACCCUAACCAGUUGAGAUGGCUUCCAUUCGACAUUCCAAGCAAGAAGGAAAAAACACAAGAUUUUGUACAGGGAUUGUCCACUGUCUGUGGAGCUGGGGAUCCUAUGUCCAGACAUGGUGCUGCUAUCUACAUGUAUACAUGUAACUCUCCCAUGGGAAAUAAAUGUUUCUACAGUGCAGAUGGAGAUUUUUUAAUUGUGCCACAGCAGGGAAAUCUCUUCAUAACAACAGAGUUUGGAAGGAUGUUGGUGGAGCCAAAUGAAAUCUGUGUCAUACAGCAAGGUAUGCGAUUCAAUGUGUCAGUGUCGGGGCCAACUAGAGGGUACAUGUUAGAAGUGUUUGAUGGGCAUUUCCAGCUUCCAGAUCUCGGACCAAUAGGUGCUAAUGGUCUAGCCAAUCCCCGUGAUUUCCUCACACCUGAAGCCUGGUAUGAGGACAAGGAGGUGAAGGGUUAUAAGGUGAUCAGCAAGUUCCAGGGACAUUUCUUCCAAGCUUUACAGGACCAUUCACCAUUUGAUGUAGUAGCAUGGCAUGGUAACUAUACACCAUACAAGUACAACCUGAAAAACUUCAUGGUGAUCAAUGCCGUGGCCUUUGAUCAUGCUGAUCCAUCUAUUUUCACUGUGUUAACAUGCCAGUCUACCAAACCAGGUGUUGCCAUAGCAGAUUUUGUGAUAUUUCCCCCACGGUGGGGAACUGCUGAUCAUACAUUCCGUCCACCAUACUACCACAGAAAUUGUAUGAGUGAGUUUAUGGGACUGAUACUUGGAAAAUAUGAGGCUAAGGAGAGUGGUUUUCUGCCAGGCGGUUGUACAUUACACAGUAUAAUGACACCACAUGGGCCUGAUGCUGAUUGUUUUGAGAAGGCUUCCAAUGAAGAACUCAAACCUGUCCGUGUAGCAGACGGAACACAGGCAUUCAUGUUUGAAUCAUCUCUGAGUUGGAGAGUGACAGAGUGGGCCAACAAAACUAAAGUAGAUGAGGAUUACUAUACUUGCUGGCAGCCAUUGAAGAAACAUUUCACACCUGGUCAGGCAUCUCCCAGUAAAAAAGAGGUUGAUGCUGUCGUGUGAUUGAGUCCACCAAGUAAGAAACAGAAGAAGUAAUUGUGCUGGACAGUUGAUGCUCAGUCUUCCAUAGAUCUGUGAAUACUGGAUCUCCAUUGACAGAUUUGAUAUAUGGGACCUUUUGUGAUACAAAAUUUUAUAGAGAUCACUGAGUGUAUUUCAUUGUGAUUGUUUGUGUUGAGGUUAUUAAUGAGCCGCGCCAUGAGAAAAUCAACAUAGUGGGUUUGCGACCAGCAUGGAUCCAGACCAGACUGCGCGGAUCCAUGCUGUUCGCUAAUGGUUUCUCUUAUUGCAGUAGGCUUUAAAAGCGAACAGCAUGGAUCCUGACCAGACUGCGCGGAUGCGCAGGCUGGUCUGGAUCCAUGCUGGUCGCAAACCCACUGUUGGUUUUCUCAUGGCACGGCUCAUUUAUCUCUUCACUAGUAAAUACCAUGUGGGUGAGCCAUUCAUGUUGUUGAUAUCAACUAACCUAUGUGAAUUUCUGAGUAAAGACUAUUUAUGGUAUACAUGUAUAAUCACUCUAAACAUUGUGCCAAGAUAUCAAAACAAGAGUUUGAAAACCAGUCUCAAAAUACUGCUUUGCCAUUGGUUCAUUUGAAAAUUGUUCUUAAAAACUACCAUUGAGAUGCUUGGGAUUUGAGACUGGUGUUCAAACUCAGUUUUAGACUCUUGGACCAAAAUAUAAUGGUAUUCCUGUUUUUAUAACUACCAAAACAGUCUGAAUGCAACAUUUUCAAAGUUUUAUUUCCAUUGAAAAAUUAAAAACUCACUAGAACUAUGAGAUUUUUGUAUGGAUUUAAGGUAAUUAAGGUGUUAAUUUUUAUGCUGAAAUACAACAAAAAGAUGUGAAGUUCAAUAUUCAGUUGUUAAAGAGCUUUCUGCUACAGUCAGACCUGUGUUAAAGACCACCUGUGAACAGGGACCACCUGGCUCUAAAGACCACAUGUUUACUUUCCCAUUUUAACAUUUACAGUGUAUUUUAACCUGUGAAUAAAGACCAUAUUUUGGCUCUCCCAAGGGUAGUCUUUAUAGACAGGUUUGACUGUAUUUUAUUUUUGCUUGCCUAUAGGAUCUUGAAUCUCUAAGUGUGACUUCCUUGUCAUAUAAAAAUGUGAAGGAACUUUUAUUGACUUUUAUGUUAAAGUGCGACUUUAUAGUCAUGUGAAAAGGUGAAGGUUUAACUAGCUGACGCAUGGUGCAGUCAUAUAAUCAAAUAUUACCAUUUUCAACAGAAUCUCAGCAAACCUAGUGGUUAAUGUAGUGUGUAAACUGAUUUACAUUCAUGCAUUUUGUUUUUAUGAAAGUGAACAAAUAUUAAAAUUUUGAGAUGUUAAAAUAUGUCUGUACAUCAUUAUCCUACAGUUUUGUGAUAAGAUGAACAAUCAACUUUCGGAAUGUUACAGUAUUAUAAAAUCUAUAUUCUGUUUGAAUAUAUUAUCAAAUGAAGUGAUCUCAAAACAUUGUAUAUUUGAUAGUUAAAAAAUAAAGAUGUAUAAUGUCUGGCGUGUCAUUAGCCUUAUGCUAGGAGACAUGAAUUUGGCAAUAAAGGCCAUGCAAUACAGAAUCAGGGAACUGCACAACGCUGUAAGCGAAUUGCUUUGCUUUUUAUUUGUUUUAUACUUUCUUGGAUUUAAUACACGGCAACACAGUUUAGAUAAUAUGAUAACCCACCAGCUUUAAAUAGUAGAGGAAAUCUACAAGUGCCCCUCUGUAAAUUAUUUUAGGCACAAUGCUGUCUCAGUGCUUUAAUGAGACUGGAGGUUGUUUUGUAAACAGGUGAGAUAUAGAAUUUAACACAAAUCGAGUCUUGUGUAGAAGUGUUUUUAUACAGACAGAACAAACAUGAUGAUUUCAUGAAAAUAACACCAUAUAUGUUUGGAGGUACUGGUACUGGACCAGUAUGUUCCAUUAUUACAGUGAAACUAAGCGUAUUAAUUUUGAUAUGAAUUAUACGAAACAGUUCAACUAGUCAUAUGUUUACAAUGGCCAUGUUUUUUUUCUCUUUUUAUUUUUCUGUAAAAUACAACCUGAAAGUAUUAUAAGCAUUAUUAUUGUGCAUUUAGAAUUGGAGUUUAUUUGUUGUCUUGGUCACAGUUUUGUUUUGUUUUUGGCUGAAACAUGUACUUUUCAUGCCACUGUUUUCAAAAUUAUAUGCUUAAAGAUGAUAAAACAUAACUGUAUUAUGUUGUUAUAAGUCCUUAUUCACUUCUUUUCAAAAUUACAGGAUGAUUUGAAAUUAUUAUAAUGUGUCUUAAUGUUCAUAUGCUUAUAUGUUUAAGCACUCAAGUUAAUAUACCUAAGGGUACUUGCAUAUAUUUAGCAUUUGCAGAGCACUGAUUUUGAGCAAAAAUUGAAUGUUUUUAAAGUUUUAUGAAUCUUGUUUCAAAUACUAUGAAAUUGAUUGAUUUAGUAGGUACAAAAUCUUGUGGUCAUGACCAAAACAACUAUUUCAUGGUGAUAUGGAUUAGUUGGUUUCAAAGGAAAGGAGAUUUUACUUGUUCAUUGGAGAUUUAAUUUGAUGGGUUGACUCUGCCUUAAAA